AUGAGGUUCUUUCUGCUUUGGUUCUGCGUGCUGUUCCUUCUGGUCUCCAGGCUACGGGCAGUCAGCUUCCCAGAAGAUGACGAGCCCCUUAACACUGUUGACUAUCACUAUUCAAGGCAAUAUCCGGUUUUUAGAGGACGCCCUUCAGGCAACGAAUCGCAGCAUAGGCUGGACUUUCAGCUGAUGUUGAAAAUUCGAGACACACUUUACAUUGCUGGCAGGGAUCAAGUCUAUACGGUGAACUUAAAUGAAAUCCCCCAAACAGAGGUGAUACCGAGCAAGAAGCUGACAUGGAGGUCCAGACAGCAGGAUCGAGAAAAUUGUGCUAUGAAAGGCAAGCAUAAAGAUGAAUGCCACAACUUCAUCAAAGUCUUUGUCCCAAGAAAUGAUGAGAUGGUUUUUGUCUGUGGUACCAAUGCUUUCAACCCAAUGUGCAGAUACUACAGGUUGAGUACCUUAGAGUAUGAUGGGGAAGAAAUUAGUGGUCUGGCACGAUGCCCAUUUGAUGCCCGACAAACCAAUGUUGCCCUCUUUGCUGAUGGGAAACUCUAUUCUGCCACAGUGGCUGAUUUCCUGGCCAGUGAUGCUGUCAUUUACAGAAGCAUGGGCGAUGGAUCUGCCCUUCGCACAAUAAAAUACGAUUCCAAAUGGAUCAAAGAACCACACUUUCUUCAUGCCAUAGAGUAUGGAAACUAUGUCUAUUUCUUCUUCAGAGAAAUCGCCGUGGAACAUAAUAACUUAGGCAAGGCUGUGUAUUCCCGCGUGGCUCGCAUUUGUAAAAACGACAUGGGUGGCUCACAGCGGGUCCUGGAGAAGCACUGGACUUCCUUCCUAAAGGCUCGGCUUAACUGCUCGGUUCCUGGAGAUUCCUUUUUCUACUUCGAUGUUCUGCAGUCUAUAACUGACAUAAUCCAAAUCAAUGGCAUCCCCACUGUGAUUGGGGUCUUCACCACUCAGCUCAACAGCAUUCCUGGUUCUGCCGUCUGUGCCUUCAGCAUGGAUGACAUUGAGAAAGUGUUCAAAGGGCGGUUCAAAGAACAGAAAACCCCAGACUCUGUAUGGACAGCGGUUCCUGAAGACAAAGUACCAAAACCAAGGCCUGGCUGUUGUGCCAAACACGGCCUCGCGGAAGCUUACAAAACCUCCAUCGACUUCCCAGAUGACACCCUGUCUUUCAUCAAGUCCCACCCACUGAUGGACUCUGCUGUCCCACCCAUUGCAGACGAGCCCUGGUUCACAAAGACUCGGGUCAGGUACAGGUUGACAGCCAUCGAAGUGGACCGUUCAGCAGGGCCAUACCAAAACUACACAGUCAUCUUCGUUGGCUCCGAAGCUGGCGUGGUGCUUAAAGUUUUGGCAAAGACUAGUCCUUUCUCUUUGAAUGACAGUGUAUUACUCGAAGAGAUUGAAGCUUACAACCCAGCCAAGUGCAGUGCCGAGACUGAGGAGGACAGAAAGGUCAUCUCAUUACAGCUGGACAAGGAUCACCAUGCUUUAUAUGUGGCCUUCUCUAGCUGCGUGGUCCGCAUCCCCCUCAGCCGCUGCGAGCGCUACGGAUCCUGUAAAAAGUCUUGUAUCGCAUCACGUGACCCAUACUGUGGUUGGUUAAGCCAGGGAGUUUGUGAGAGAGUGACCCUGGGGAUGCUGCUGUUAACUGAAGACUUCUUUGCUUUCCAUAACCACAGUGCUGGAGGAUAUGAGCAGGACACGGAGUAUGGCGACACAGCCCACCUAGGGGACUGCCACGAAAGUUUGCCUACUUCAACUACACCAGAUUACAAAAUAUUUGGCGGGCCAACAUCUGACAUGGAGGUAUCCUCAUCUUCUGUUACCACUGUGGCAAGUAGCCCAGAAAUUACAUCUAAAGUGAUUGAUACCUGGAGACCUAAACUGACGAGCUCCCGGAAAUUUGUAGUUCAAGAUGACCCAAACACUUCUGAUUUUACUGAUACUAUAUCAGGUAUCCCAAAGGGUGUACGGUGGGAAGUCCAGUCUGGAGAUUCCAACCAGAUGGUCCAUAUGAAUGUCCUCAUCACCUGUGUGUUUGCAGCUUUUGUCUUGGGUGCAUUCAUUGCAGGAGUGGCUGUAUACUGCUAUCGUGACAUGUUCGUUCGCAAGAACAGAAAGAUCCAUAAAGACGCAGAGUCAGCCCAGUCAUGUACAGACUCCAGUGGAAGCUUUGCCAAGCUGAACGGCCUCUUUGACAGUCCUGUCAAGGAAUACCAGCAGAACAUUGAUUCUCCUAAGCUCUACAGCAACCUGCUGACCAGUCGGAAGGAGCUGCCACCCAACACGGAUACAAAAUCCAUGGCCAUGGACCAUCGAGGCCAGCCUCCAGAGCUGGCUGCUCUCCCCACACCAGAAUCCACACCUGUACUCCACCAGAAGCCCCUGCAGGCCAUGAAGAGCCACUCUGAGAAGGCCCACAGCCAUGGUGCUUCAAGGAAAGAACACCCCCAGUUUUUUCCUUCCAGUCCUCCACCCCAUUCCCCAUUAAGUCACGGGCACAUCCCCAGUGCCAUUGUUCUUCCAAACGCCACUCACGACUACAAUACAUCCUUCUCAAACUCUAAUGCCCACAAAGCCGAAAAGAAGCUUCAGAACAUCGAUCACCCUCUUACAAAGUCAUCCAGUAAGAGGGAACACCGGCGUUCUGUGGAUUCCAGAAAUACCCUCAAUGAUCUCUUGAAGCAUCUAAAUGACCCAAACAGUAACCCCAAGGCCAUCAUGGGAGAAAUCCAUAUGGCCCAUCAAACCCUCAUGCUGGACCCAGUGGGACCAAUGUCUGAGGUCCCACCCAAGGUCCCUAACAGGGAGGCAUCUCUAUACUCUCCUCCCUCAACACUUCCCAGAAAUAGUCCAACCAAGAGAGUAGAUGUCCCUACCACUCCUGGGGUCCCAAUGACUUCUCUGGAAAGACAAAGGGGUUAUCACAAAAAUUCCUCCCAGAGGCACUCUAUAUCUGCUGUGCCUAAAAACUUAAACUCACCAAAUGGUGUUUUGUUAUCUAGACAGCCGAGUAUGAACCGUGGAGGAUAUAUGCCCACCCAAACAGGGGCGAAGGUGGACUAUAUUCAGGGGACACCAGUGAGUGUUCAUCUGCAGCCCUCCCUCUCCAGACAAAGCAGCUACACCAGUAAUGGCACCCUACCCAGGACGGGACUUAAGAGGACACCAUCCUUAAAACCUGAUGUGCCACCAAAGCCUUCCUUUGUUCCUCAAACCACAUCUGUCAGACCACUGAACAAAUACACUUACUAAGCCUCAAGUGUGCUAUUCCUGUGUGGCUUUAUCCUGUCCCUGCUGUUGCGAGGAAGCUGUGAGGGUACCUUAAGAUGAGAUACCUGCUUGUAUUUUAAGAGAAACAAGUAGCCAAAGAAACUCUGUCACUUUGGUAACACCAGAACUUGCCACAUGUAGCUACUACAGCAAGGCUUCUGUGUACUUGCCGGAAACGAAGGGAGGUCCUGCUCAUUCCAUUUCUUUCGUUUGAAGCCGAAGGGAUGUGUAGCCUGGAGGGGCUCCCUUUACCAGUAUAAAGAGCUGACACAGUACUCAGAAGACUGAACAAAUACUUGAAAAUGGGUUCAAUGUAGACUGCCAUUCUGUGUGGUCUUCCCAUUAAAUGUGAACAUUUUAAUAUGUAUGCAUUCACCUUGCCUCUUGCACAAAUGUCAAAAUGGAAAGAUGGGAAUGUCUCAAAACAAAAUGAGCUUGGAGAUUACCAAGCAGUUUGCUGAAAAGUCAAUCUUUGACCCAAACUGUAGCAUUUUUUUUCCAAGUGUGGCACUGUUUUUCUUUUUCCAAUGCCACCAACAAACUGUGUUAAGAGAGGGGCGUGUCUGUGUGUGUGUGUGUGUGUGUGUGUGUGUGUGUGUGACAGAAAGAGAGAGAGAGAUAGAGAGAGAGAGAGAGAGAGAGAGAGAGAGAGAGAGACCUACCCAUUAGGAUUUAUUUAGGUGCCCAUUGCAUCUUUUGUACUAUGGAGUUGUUUACAGUAAGCAUGACUGAACAAGAACUAACAUCCUCCUAUACCGGUCCAUCGUGUUCGGCUCCGAUAAGGAAUAGUCAAGGCUUCUUUGACUGUCAACAUAACCUGUGUGGUACCCAGUGUCAGAACAUUUACGAGUUCUAAGUAAUUUUGUGCUGCUAUCCAUCAGAACGUCUAUUCCAGCCUUGCCAGCUUAAGAAGUUAGAGAAAUUAAGAGGUAUCCUUGAUGUAUCUAUCAGUAUUCAGUAGUAACACUUACCUGUCCACUGUGAAUCAAAGCCUGAGGCACGCUACUCAACCUUGGACACACUUACAAGCGUUUAUUUCCAUUGUCUUAUUUUAUUUUCCAUGUAGUAAAACUUUUCCUCUCUUAACUCCUCCUACCCCCAACCCCCAAGGCGAAAGAAAAACCAAAAGUAGGGCAAAGGAAAGAGACAGACAGAAAAGGAAUUACAGUUGGCUUAGCAGGGAGGGUCUGUAAAGCUCUUAGUGGUCCUGGCCUCCCUCCGUGUUCUGCUCUGUGAGGAUUUUUCUCCUGAGUCAUGCAGGCAAUGACAUUGAACUGUAAAUACCACAUGUGAGUUUACCUGGAUCUGUGCAUUUUGUGCCUUAUUCACGCGAGUGGUAGAAGUAUGUUGAGUGUUCCCACUACAGAGCAUCAUUUCCCAUGUGCCACUUGUAAAUGUUUUGCAGCCAGCACCUGAAGACUUCUUCCAGUCAUAAAGCAACCUAGAGUGAUUUGUUGUUGAACAACACCGCGCCCCCCCCCCUCCAGGAUCAGAAGCAGCAUCCAAGUUUGCCAUGAUAAA